AUGGUGAUGAUCUUAACCCACAAUACACGAGAUGACUACGUGACCAUUACACAAAGUUUUAAAACAGUUACUUCAAAAUGUAGAAUAUCAGCAGCAGAGAUUCUGCCGUCCUCCAACAAGAGUUGGCUCAAAGAGAAUCAAAGCCUGUGCACGCUACAAAAGGAACGCUUCUUCAAAGCUUGCAACGAGCAAAUUAUGACGGCGGUUGCCGGUCUCAAUUCUUCAACUUCGCAACCGGACCUCCGGUCCAUUCGCCUGUGGGCUCGCAGGCUGCGCAGUGUGACCUCGGUACGCCGCGUCUUCUCCGCUUCGACAUGUUUGCGCUACUCGCUCGCUCUCGCGAUGGAGUCAUAUUCUUCCUUCAUGAUCACCUCUUGCUUCGCAGGUGUCACAAGGUUCUUGGCUCGCGCCCGGUUUUCGGAGAAACAAAUGAGCGAAUUAAUAAGAACGUCGGUGCUUAUUAAGAUAAUGGAGAAUUCAGGUGUACCCACAUGAAUAUCGCUUCUUAGUCAAUAAUCAAGAGGUUCAUGUAAUGAUUGUAGCAACUUCUGGUACUCACUUCUAGUCGAUUCUAAUUGCAUAGCCUUCUCUACACAUUGUCGGGGAAAUCGGGAAGAAUCUUGGAAGUCAAAUUCUUUUACUGAUUUAGGCAGACAAAGAUCACCGGAUAAUUGGAUGCUUUGCUGCAUCGCAUAUGGAAGAGCUGCAAGAUGUGAUUGUCAUCGAGUUUGCUAGAUCAAGUCAAGUGUAACUCCCCACAUAUGUGUUCUCACUAGUUGGCUCACCUAUCCACAGGUGGCAUACUUGGAUAGACAAGGUGACACUUCCUCUCAAGUCAUGACUUAUCUUGUUAAAAAUAAUUUCGUAGCCAGGAUGUGUAGCAAGCAACUAGUACCGUGUGUCGUUUAAACCAGAACGUCGUUUUUUCCUGUCUUAUUUCGAGCGAUCUUUCAGCGAUGACCAUGUUUGUUUCUUAUGAGUGACUCGUCUUUGUUGAUCUGCUGAUUUAAGAAAGUUGUGAAUAUCUUACUUUCUCCCCCCACUACAUGUCCUCAAGUUGUUGUGUAGUUCAGUGCUUCCAAACAAAAAGUAUAUGUCCUUGACAACUCACGGUUUCGUUGCUCUAUAUUUGAUAGUUUUGAACGUUCUUCAUCU